AUGAAGUCUCCAGAUUGGAGCUCGAAGCCAGUUAGGAACAAUGCUCUAGAAAGAGCAAGCAAACUUCGCGCCCUGGCGGCACAAACCGGCAAGCCGGAAAAUGUCCUGCAGGGUGCCAUUGCGUACUUACUCAAUCAGGGAUACGACGAAGAUAGUGUUUUCGAUGCCUUGAUGGAAUCAAACGGUGACAGAGAGCUGGCUGAAGAUCUGUGCGCUGUGCCAGACUUCCCGUAA